AUGAGCGGUCAUGGGGACGAGGCCGGGGAGAGCUCCGGCUCCCAGGAGCCCACUGGGUCCGCGGAGCCCCAGAAGAGGAGGCCGGGGAGACCGAGGAAGCCCCCGAAAGAGCCAAGUGGAGAGCCUGUCCCCAAGCGACCAAGGGGCCGUCCCAAAGGAAGUAAGAACAAGGGCCCCUCCAAGGCAGCGCAGAAGAAAGCCGAGGAAACCGGGGUGAAAAGACCCAGAGGACGACCCAGGAAAUGGCCACAGCAAGUCGUCCAGAAAAAGCCUGCUCAGAAAGACGAAACAGAAGAAGAAACAGAAGAAGAAGAAGAGGAGGAGGCUGAAGAGAAGGACUAAGCUUCCACACCAUCAAACCUCUACCUCAAAUCAGCUGUCAGGUCUUUCUAAGGAGAAAGACUGCCUUGACCACUUAUUUUUGCCUUUUUCCCAACAUUAUUCUACUUCAAUUAGAGAAUUUCCAAUGUUAAUCUUUCAGUUUUCAGCCUUUGCGUGCGUCCAAACUGAUCGGUCACUGAACAGACGGAGAUGUUCAGUAUCUGUCUGCAUCUCUAAAUCCCUUUGAUGCGUUUCUUUCACACAGGUCAUUCAGAGCGCAGCAGCAUCAGAAGCUCGUCUCCAGACAUUCCGCCUGUCCAAAUAGUCAGGCAGGCAGGGACACACACAUCAUCAGCAGAUACAACAAACCUACACUCCUCAGUCAGAAUCCUCAAAAAACAAACAGAAACCUCCAUAAUGAGUAAGUGUGGCCCACACCCCGACAGUGGGGGUUUGCGGUCCCUCAGACACAUCAUCAUCUCCAAAUGACAAUGAGCAUUAGCAGACCCCAUCACAUCCCCCAUCAUCGUUGACUGGUUCUCCAGACGUCAGUAGAAAAGUAACUGGGGCAGUCUGGUUUUGUCAUACAUGGGAUGAAAGAACAAAUGUCUGCUGUUCCCAUACAGCAGUGUUGGCUCUAAAACAAAAGGAGCGACCUCGACCUUCCCUCUCAACACCCAAACCAAACUGGUGUUAAGCCACCAAGGACAGGGAGACACAGAGAUAGGUCCUCAGGGCAGUGGCUUAUCCCUCCGGUUGGGUUAAGGCCAUUUUGACAAAAGUUUGCUCAAGUUGUUAGCAUUAACUCAGAUUUAGUUUGACAUCCCCAUAGGAUCCCCAAAUACCAUCUUUAUAUCUCACAAAUACACCAUCUUCCUGUAUGUUUCCUGCAGCCCCCACUACAAUAUUCAUCAUGGGACGUUCUUAAUCCUGUCCAGGUGAAUUCUACUAAUGUAUUUGCUCAAAAAUACAAACAAUGUGUCCACGCUUGAAAGUCUAAGAUCUUAAACAUCAAUUUAGCAGCGAAUAUAGAUCACAGGUUAGUAAUGCAUCAGGCUUUUCAGUCAACUAAAAGUCUCACUACCUCUAAUCAGUGCAGCUUUAAAUGAUAGUUGUGAUAGCCAGUUCAAGGCUGACAAAAUACAACCCUUGAGGCUAACAAAUGAUUAUAACUCCUUUUAUCUUGCACAAAGCAAAAAUAUGAUUCAUUCAAGUGGCAGUUUCCCGCCAAGGUGCAACCACACCUGGCUUUGUAUGGGAAUAAGAGAAGGCACGAUUGGUUUAUGGCAUGUUACGUCCAAUACAUGCCCCCAUGGUUAAUUAAGAGACUGAGUACAGCCUAGACCAGAGCCCUUUAUGUCUCCCAUUUAUUUGAAAGGUAAACAUUGCAUUGAGUUUUAUAAGAGGUAACCAAGAUUGCAAGCUAUUGAUAACAUCAAGAGGAAAGAGUCAGUUUUCAGUUGAGCCUGGUAGACCAGUACAUCAGAGCACUACAAGAGCCCUGCUUUGUUUUCCCUGUUCUUGGUGGACUUAACAAACUCUUUUAUUCGUCUAGAAAAUAACAGAAUGACUCUUCACAUCCUGUCAAUACCUUGAACCAAGCUCAGACUACUGUUUUUUUUUUUUUUUUCCAGAUUUACAUUAACACACAUAUGUACAUAGCAUCACUCAGUUUGUUGUUUGCGCAACAUAGCUUUAAAAUCUUGAUUCCAUCGUUGAUGUCACACUGCAAAGAAAAGCCCCAGGCUUGGAGAAAAAUAAAAAAAACCUCAAGAAAAACCACAAGAACAAACCACACAUUACCUCUCGACACACUUGAUACCUGGAUUCAGCGGCAGUGUGACACUGAACGUCUCAUCUCGCACUGUAACCCUAGGGAGCCUCGGGUUUGAGGAAACCCGAUGGCGUGCCAGCGCUCUCUGGUCACUGAUAUGCAAUAUCUUCUCAUGACUUCCAACUACCUCUGACUCAGCACAACCAGCUCAUGAACGCUUUUGCUCAGUACAAACAAAAACCGACGCCGGCGGGUGGCAGGGGGCGUUUUCCGAUAUUUGAUAACCUGUUGUGACAUUAUACCGUACAUUGAAGCGAGGUCAUGCCAGUGGUGCUUGUCAGGAGGGGAAAUGGCAAUUUGUCCUCAACUGUUUUUGUUUGAAUCAGUCAGGUAAACAUAACAUAAUCCACAAAGAGGCAAACGUCAAAUACAACAGAGUCAUGUGGGUCAACAUUUAAAGGAACACUCUGUUUUUUCUUCGGCCUGACAAGUGCUUUCACACAAAGUGAGUAGAAAGUCCGAAAAUUCUGAUAAAAUGACGUAACAAUAUGACUGACAUGUAACUUUCUGGCGUUAUGGUCAAAAGUGUGACAAUAAGUUACGUUGAAAAAAAGAAUUUUCUUUUAAUUUGUUGACAGACUCAAAAGCCGGCUCUCCAACAUUUGAAGUUUCCAUCAUGCUUCAAAUGUGAGUCACACUUUUUAUCAUAGUUUUAGCUUCAGCUUUGGUUGUUUAACACGAAAAUUCUGAAUGAAUAUGAAAUCUAUUGUUGAAUUUAUUAUAAAUGUAAUGUUUACCAAUUAACCUUCAAUGGUGACUUCAAGAUGCAGUCUUUAGAGUUUGUCUCAUCCACUCUCGUACCUGACGUUUCCUUCUGCCUAUAGAUAAAAACAUUUUUUUUUAAAUACUGAAAACACGAACGCAGCUAAUACCGAUAUAUAAGUACUGUUUUAUUUUUCUCUCUCACCUCAAUGUUAAUUUGUGUCUAAACAUUUUAAUGAAACAAAACUUUGCAAACUGGGACCUCUGUUCGACAAAGUGUUAACUUGAAUUUAUUUUGUACCGAUUUACACAGUGGUUUAAUACGGAUCAAGAGUAUGUAUACAUGAUACAUGAUAUAGCUUCAGAUGUCUUUCUUUGGUUUGAAUAGUUGUCUCUCCUGAGAUAUGUGUACUACCUAUAUAUGUACAGUACCUCAAAUAGACCGAUAAAAAUGGACUCAUCAGUUGACAAAUACCUACCUCCAGUCUUGAAAAGGAACGAUUUUGCCGGUUUACUUUCAGUGUGAGUUACCUUGACGUGUGAUAUGAUCUAUAUCAGGAUUACAGAAGCUCCUUACUUAACAAGUGGUGUAUCGGAUCUUUCAAGUCUUCAAAAUCUCAGUACAUGUGGAUCCUCAACCUUAAAGUGACCUUCAGGUUUAUAACAGAUAUGUUUGGAUUCUGUAUAUUUCAUUCAUGAAUAUGUUUUUCUUGUUUUUAAUUAGUAGAUAUCAAUAUACUUGAUUAGCGGUGUUGUGUACUUCACACAAAUGUGAUUUUCUUGUCUUGUUAUGUGGUUAAACCAGAUGUAUAUGGAAUUGCUUUUCACUUAGUGAUAGAUUAUAUUUUCACCUGUCAUCAUGGCGACCUUUUUGAAACGUUAACAUGGUAUUUUUGAAUGUGGCCAGAGGUAGAACCUCAGAGGAGCUGCGGCCUGUGGUGAACUCUCUCUAAACCAACCACCUGCACAGUGUUGUGGACUGUUAAGGAGCCUUCAGUCAAAUUUCCUUUCACUCUGAUCACUGUGUGUACUUAUUCGUCACAAACAGUCAAUAUAACAACAUUGCUGACACUCUGUAAGUACAGUGUGUUUCUGUGAUAGUGCGACAGUACAGCGUCUGGCCUCAUUCCGCCUCUUUCAUGUUUUUCCUUGAAUUGCCAUGGCCAUGGUCGGAGGCUGAUUGGCUGAGGCCCGGGCCGCACCGCUUACCUCACUCAUGCGUGUUGGCCGCGGGACCUCUUGAUUUUCUUAUUACCACCCAUAUAAACAAGCUAGAGCGGCCACACAGCUGGCGUGUAACAGGCAUGGUGUCCCCCCUAUUUUUCAUUAGUGAAGAAGUAGACAGUAAGUAGCCGCCUCUUUGAGAUCCGAGAUAAAAAUUACAUUUAUAAUAAAAUCAUAAUAAAUGUAUUCUUGAUGGCCAUUAUCCAAGAAGUACAAAGAUAGGGCUGGCUAGUAUAAAUAAGGCUUGAAAAAACUGAACUUGAGUAAAUUAGGAGGGACUAUAUAUGCAUCAAUGAUGACAAAACCAAGAAAGAUUUGUGUUGCCUUCAAUAACUAAAUCACAGAAUCCAAACACUGUGCCGGUGACACUGUUUCCAACGACGCAAACAGUCUAAAUAGAGAGAGUCCUGUUGAGGCAGGUUUAUCAGCUUUUAACAAAAGGCUUUGACACAGACAGGCUUCAUCAUAUUAACAUUUCAUCAUUAAAUAGCAAGUGGUAUCAUUAUGUGAUCUGUAGGUAUCUGGGUACAAAUCAUUUUCAAGCUUUUUAAAGGGAAACGACAGACAGUGAUACGAAUUCUUGGAUCCACUCGUGCAAAAAUGUAUGGUGUUCUUUCUUGGUCCAUGUCUCAUCCAAGUUUUGUGGAAAUCCAUUAAGAGGACGUUGCAAAAAAUCCUACUGACAAACAAAGGUGAGCAGCUCGAGGCUCAUUCUGACCUUUUGAGAGCAAACCCGGGCUGUGGUACCACCGUUUGUACUCUUGUUCCUCAGAGUCUUACAUCACUAAGUUACGUCAUGGUCAGGAAGCGGCCAGAGAAUUCAGCUGAACUGAUUUUUCAUAUUGAGCCACCUAAUCUGACAUCCUAUGCCAUCAAGGAUUUGUGUGAUAGUGUGUGCAGCUCAAAAAUGGCAACUUAGGCUGUAGUUUCUCUCCUGCACUCACAAUGCAGGGUAUCCAGAUACAGAUCACGUGGUAAUACCAGAUGUAAAAGGCAUCUACGGAGCUCAACCAGCUCCAGGUUUUGAGCUCUUCAUUUCCCCUCAGAGAUGUGGACUUGAUUUCAGUGGAGUAUAAAACACCAGCUCAUGUUCUCUGGCAGAAUGACUGUAGAAGCCUCCGUUGUUGAGCCCUCAGCUCCGGGAGUCGAUCUUUUUUGCUUCAUGAUAUCAUGUUCUAGUACAAUCAAAUACACAUUACUACCUCCAGAAAGGCCUGCUUUUACCUCGUUUUCAACCUUAAAUACUGUUUAAAAAAUGCAGGUGUCUGAGAGCGUAUGGAGAACAUCUUAACAUUUUAUAUCUAUAUAUAUAUACAUAUAUAUAGUUUAUUUUUGUGGAGGAUGCAUUUUGUAAGACUGCUUUUUUCUCUGCCUCUCAGUCACCGUUAGGUAAGACUGGACAUUUACACUUUGAAAAGGAAUUUUCUUACUUUAUACAAUGUUAUGUAGUUAGCCUGUGGGGUGGGCGGAGAGAUGUCCCAGCUCCCCGUCUGCCUCGCUCCUUGUGUAUCGUUUCAAACGUCUUCUUCAGUGUCUAACUUUUAUCGCUUCCUCUAUCCACCUAAUAUUACUGUCUUGACUUCACUACAGAUUUUGCUUGCUUCCUAAACAAAGUCUUUAUAGAUAUUCACUGUGUUUUAUUCAGCACAAUAAAAUG